UCAUUCUUGGUUAUAAAUAAAGGCAAGUAGGUAGUAGGAAGUGGUAUUGUGUUGUCUGACACAAUACUAGUUGUUAUUCAUUCUAUAUUGUUCAAGUAAAAUAUCCACAAGAAAACCCGGGCCACACUUAUCAUGCAGCGUUCCGAUCCUACUCAAGUCUGAUUCUUCUGUGGGUCAGAUUAUAAUAUUACUGACAUGUGUAGCUUGCUCCUAUUCUAGGUACAUUGGCUUGCCCCAUUCCGGCCCGUUGUCAUUCAUUAUGUGAUCAGUUCAGAGUGGUAUUUACAAAAUACCAGUGGUGGCUGAUAAGUGAGGCCCGGGCUCAAGUCAUAGUUUUGAAGGAUUUAUUGAAAUGAACAAACAUCAUAAACAGAAAUGAAUUGUAAAUAUUCAAUAAUAUGAAUAUAAUAUAUAAAAACCCUAAGGAUUUCAUGUUAGUAUAUUAUCUUAUUACAAUCUUUUUCAUUGAACUUUCGUAGAGAUAAAUCAGUUUUUUCUCUGGGGAUAUUAUUCUUAAACAGUAAUGAAAAAUCCAAUUCUCACAUUGAGUGACAAACUCAUCGAUUUAUUGAAUUCGCUUCGCUUAUUUCAAUUGCUUUGGAAGCAAUAGAAAUGUUUGUUCAAUUUCAGAGAUACAUCAAGUGAUAUUGAAUAGAAUUUAGGAAUUAAUAGGGUAGGCCUACUGUUUCGGGUACAUGUAGACAAGAAACAUCAGGCAUCAUAAAUGCGCAAAUUAACUAUCAUGAUCAAACAAUAUGACAGGAACUAUUCAUGACAUCAACUAUUAUAACACGAACAAUUCAAUCUAAAAGCUCGUACACUUCUGUUAACAACUAAUUCUCCUAUUCCACUCACUGAUGCUAUUUACUAAGAGUAUAGUCUUCAUGUUCUCAAGAAUAAUGAGAAUUUUCCUCGCAGUAUUAUUCUUCCAUGCCAUUUUUGGGAAAAGUGGGGUAGCUGCAGCAGAUGGUUACGAAUAUGCAUGGACCAUGAAUAGUUAUUUGAGAGUUCAUCACAGGGACUUCGAAUACGAGUUGACUGAAGAGAAAGACAUAUUUGGAUCGGUAGUAAGCCUUAAUAACCAAGUCGAAACCCCGUUUUUGAGACUGGGAGAGUUUUAUACAGAGGUUUUGGCCUCUAGACGUCAUAAAUCAACGUGUAAGAGACUACCAAAUGAUGCUCAUCUCGACGAAUACAACACAAAAUUACAUAUUUAUGGAGAUGGAAAAGACGGUUUUGAUGCUGAUAUAUUAUCAUACUUCACGUUUUUUGAGAGAGAAGUGUGGGAGUGUGAUGCGAUACAUGUCAGUGGACUAAAAAACUUAUUCACAAAAACUGCAGAGGAUUCGAAGUCGGCAAAACCGCCAAUCAAAUUCUACAGAAUUGUUAAUGGAAUGCAUGGAAUUCGUCCAAUCAAUAAAGUAUUCUACUUCGAUGGAGUUGAAGUAAUGCGAGAUGCAUGUCCAGUACAGACGGCACAUGAUUUAUCCAGCCUACAAACAAUUACAUUCCGAGAAAUAAAAUACAUUGAUCCAUCAAGCAGAAAAACAGUGCGUUAUUUGGGAAAGAUUUAUCUUACUGAUGAGGAUACUAAACAGAGCAUUUUCGAGACUGUUGAAGUCACGGAACCGAAAUUAACUUCUGAUGGAAAAUAUUACACAGAAGAACUCGAUUAUUUGGAGAAAGGGAACGUAAAAACACAGAUAGUUGGAACUGAAGGAGAAACCAUAAAAAUAGGGAAUGACAACUUCGUAUCCACUCUGGGAUCCGGUAAACAGGAAGCCGUCUGUGAACUGGUGAAGAACAGCGAAUUGCUCUACACAGAGAACUAUCUACCACGUUGUUUAGUAUUAAUAAACCCAUCCGAAAAAGACAGGAAAUUCUCUGAAAUGUAUGGGUUACCUCCAAAAAAAUUCAAUGUGAAUUUCUUCUCAGUCAUCAGCCAAGAAUCUUGGAAGUGUUCCUGGGCAAAGGAUAAAUUCUUCAUGAGAAGAGUGACAGAAGUGGUGGGGUCGAUUCCAGUUGCAAAAAUUGAGUAUUUCAGUGGAGUGAAUGUUUGGAAAUACAAAUUGAAAGGCAAUUCUUAUGGUGUAAAAUUAAGGGAAAUCUAUUAUCAUACAACAGAUAACGUUGAAUACCAGAUACGAUACAAUGGAAUAGUGAAACUCAAGAUACCUGAAAUGGCAGUGAAGAGGAAGGGGAGAAUUGAGCCUUAUCGUUAUUUGACAGAAAUUCCGGGUAAAAGAUCAGGAAUCCCAGUGGGGAAUUUUCGAACUUAUGAUGACACAAUAUUGGAUGUUAUUUGAAAAGCCGUCAAUUGACUGUUAAAUACUUAAUUGAAUUAAUAGUUACUUAGUUAUUAUGUAGACAUAAGUUAAUUAUCUACCAAAAUAAAAGAAUUGCAUUCACUGACGAUCGUGAUUGAAAAUGUUGUAGAACUAUUAAAUAGGCCUAUUGAUUUCAAUUACAAAAUUUGUCGUAAUACGGUAGGCCUACCUAAUAAGAUAUUUUCUAUUUAAUGUUGGGAGUUAGUUAUUGUUCGAGAAAUAAAUAUUAUUUUAGAACAAAUGUUUAGAAUCUGUUAUAAACAACUGGAGAAUUGCGAAUACAUGAAAUUAAUAAA